AUGCAACGUAUAAAUGGAUUUUACGAUACAUUAACAGAUACGAUACUAACAGGAAAGAUUAAACAGCAUGGCGAAGAUGAAUUGGCUAAUCAUAUUGCCACUGCUGCUGCAAUCUCUAAAUCAAAAAACUUAAAAAAACAACCAACAAUAGUGAAAGCCAUUGCCAACUUGAACUUUGGACUUUACAUGGAUGGAGAGUCUUUAUACAUACUUGAAAAAAACAACAAGACUCAGUGA